AUCAUUAGAGUGGUCAAUAGUAAUGUGUUUAUAAGUCUCGAAUCUCCGCCACUCAGAACGAUUCCUGCUGCAGACAUGAUAGCAUUUUUGUUUGUAUUCGGUGCGCUUCUCGCGUGCCUCGUUUAUUUAAAUGGCAAAUACAAUGAAUUCUACUGGAAGAAACGAAAAGUGGCGUUCUAUAAGAAGAACAAAGUGAUGGGCAUAUUCUGGGAGUUUCUCUUCAAAAACAAAGCGGUAUUCCAGAAUUUAUGUGAAGUGUAUAAGGAUUAUAGGCAGGAACCAGCGGUUGGGAUUGGGACGUUUGUGACCCCAACGUUGUAUGUGAUAGACCCCACUAACGUUCAACAUGUGUUGGCUUCAGACUUCAACUCUUUCAACCACAGAGGAGUGGAUAUCAACGAGGAUGAUCUUCUCGCUGACAAUAUUCUUUUCAUGCAUGGCAAUCGAUGGAAACUGAUGCGACAAAGUAUGACACCUCUGUUUACGUCUGCAAAACUCAAGUCUAUGUAUUAUAUCAUCGAUAAAAGUGCUGUAGAUUUUGUCCAGUAUUUGAACGAUAAUAAACAACUGUUAAAUGGUAAUGCUUUUGAUACCUUGUCGUCGUUCUGCUCUGCAGCCAUUGGUGGAGCCGUGUUUGGAGUAAGCACUGGAUCCAUUUUCGAUUCACCAUUCCUCAACAUGGCCCGAGAUGCGUUUAAACCCGGCUUUAGAUUUAAUAUCAGGUUUGCUAUAGGAAACCUUAGCAGUGGUCUGGCUACCUUCCUUGGACUAAAAUUUUUCAAAGAGCACGAGGGUUUUUUUAUCGGUGCAAUUAAACAAAUUCUGCGCGCGCGUGAACUAGAAACUGUAAAGAGACACGACUUCGCUGACUUAUGUGUAGCAUUAAGGGGUAUGGGCAGAAUGGUAGACAAAGAGACAGGCUUAGAAAUGGUACCAACUGAUGAGCUUUUAGCAGCACAAGCAUUCUUCUUCUUCAUCGCGGGCGUGGAACCGACAGCUGCCGUUUUAUUCGGUACGUUAUACGAAUUAGGGAAAUCUCCAGAACAUUUAGAAAAAGUGCAUAAUGAAAUCGACGAAGCAUUCAAGAAGAAUGACAACAAAAUGAGCUACGAUACGAUUAUGGAUUUGAAGCACGUUGACAUGGUGAUGAGUGAAGCUAUGCGAUUACAUCCACCUAUCGGCUUUCUGACCAGACGGUGUGUAAAGGACAGCGUUCUUCCGGUUGGCAAUAUUAAAGUUGAUAAAGGCACUAAGAUACUUACACCAAUAUUUGAGAUACACCACGACCCAAAAUACUACCCAGAACCCGAAAAGUUUAUGCCAGAGAGGUUCGCUCCAGAGAAUAGGCAUAAAAUUGCUGAUAUUACUUACAUGCCUUUCGGAAAGGGUAAUAGAAUUUGUGUGGGUGUCAGGUACGCGUCACUUCAAGCUAAAGCUGGAUUAGUCCAUUUACUGCGCAACUUUACUGUGAGCAGCAUCAUCAAUGAUGGCGGACAGAAGUACAGUCGACAGUUGCAAGUGAGACUUGAUAAUGUCGAUGUUAAGUUUAUACCGAGGAAUAUUGCUAAUUAAAUAGAAUAAAUGAUGUAGAAUAGUAAAAGAGUGUUUAUAUAUUCAU